UAUUAGAGCUUGAACCCCGGGGAUUAGUACCAUCACACUCAGCUGAUGUGUCGGUGGGGAUGUAGCCUGCGUUUGUAUUUCAGCGCUUAAAAGAAAAGUGACGGAAGAAGCGGACUUACAGGCAACUGGGACUGAUUAACCCACUUUAACGGGAUAUUUGAAGCGCUCGCUCAUGGCAUAACAGCAGAAUCAGACCUUCCAUCAUCAUCACCAUGUCAGUGAGUUCCGAGAGCGGCAAGAGGAAAUGGGCGGCUGUCCGGGGCCGUCUGGGGUCUUCGCAGGACUCCGAGUCGUCUCAGGAGGGCAACCUGGAGAGUGCCGACCCAGAGCUGUGCAUUCGCCUGCUGCAGGUGCCCACCGUGGUCAACUACUCGGGCCUGAAGAAGCGUCUGGAGGGCAGCGACCACACCUGGAUGGUCCAGUUCCUAGAGCUGAGUGGCUUGGACCUGCUGCUGGAGGCCCUGGACAGGCUGUCGGGCCGAGGCUGCUCCCGCAUCGCCGACGCCCUCCUCCAGCUCACCUGCGUCAACUGUGUGCGCGCUGUCAUGAACUCCUCCACAGGGAUACACUUCAUCAUUGAGAAUGAGGGCUACAUCCGCAAGCUGUCUCAAGCUCUGGAUACCUCCAACACUAUGGUGAAGAAGCAGGUGUUUGAACUGCUGGCCGCUCUCAGUAUGUUCUCCAUAGAUGGGUACCGCCUGGCCCUGGAUGCCUUGGACCACUAUAAGGGUGUGAAGACCCAACAAUAUCGCUUCAGCGUGAUCAUGAAUGAGCUGCAUUCCACAGACAAUGUGCCAUAUAUGGUUACCCUGCUCAGCGUCAUUAAUGCUGUCAUCUUUGGGACAGAAGAUCUGCGUCUAAGGGACAAAAUGCGUAAAGAAUUCAUAGGGCUUCAAUUGCUCGACCUUCUCCCCAAACUGAGGGAAAAAGAGGAUGAAGACUUAAUCAUUCAGUGUGAAUCGUUUGAAGAGGCCAUGGCAGAGGACGAGGAGGAGCUGCAAAGAGUCUAUGGAGGCAUAGACAUGAGUUCGCACCAAGAAGUAUUUACCACACUUUUCAACAAAGUUAGUAGCUCUCCCUCCUCUCAGCAGCUGCUGUCUGUGCUGCAGUCUCUGCUGCUGCUGGGCCCAGACCGCGUGGACAUCUGGCAGGCACUGGAGGCCGUCUCCAACCGUGCCGUCAUGCUGGCUCAAGAUUCUCAAAUGAAUUCUUGGGAGAACAUCAUGCAGAGACUGGUCUUCUCUAAGAGGCAGUCUACUGGCCAUCACACCGUAGAUGGCCCGCCUCCCAAGAGGCUGGACAAAGCAGUUCAGACGGAACCUGUGGACGGGGAGCACCUACUGUCAUGCAAGGAGCCCACCACUGGCCCAAGGCCUCCAUCUCCAUCUGCACCCAGCUCAUCCACACCAAUAGCCCCUGCUUCUGCUCCACCACCACCUCCACCUCCACCCCCACCUCCACCCCCACCCCCACCUCCUCUGCCCACCAGCAUGGGAGGCCCACCGGCACCACCUCCACCCCCUUUUCUCCCUCCAGCAGGAGGUCCACCGCCACCUCCACCACCUCCCUUACCAGGGAUGGGACCACCUCCCCCACCUCCUCUACCUGGCAUGGGGCAUUGUGGUCCCCCACCUCCACCUCCUUUGCCAGGGAUGGGCUGUGGAGGUCCCCCACCUCCGCCUCCUUUGCCAGGGAUGCCUGGUCCCCCUGGCCCCCCUCCACCCCCUGGCAUGGGGGACCUAGUGGUGGCCCACACCAGCCAGUCUCUGGGAUGUGCACCUGGAAUGACUAUGAAGGCUAGUCGCUGUCCUACCCUUAGGAUGAAGAAGUUCAACUGGCAGAAGCUCACCUCGAGAGCAGUCACUGACGGCAAGUCUUUGUGGACGUCUGUGCAGACAGAAGCCCCUCGGGAGCCAGACUACUCCAGCAUCGAGCAGCUCUUCUGUCUGCCUGUGGCCCAGACCAAAGACAAGACGGUGGCCGCCCCCACCAAGAAAGAACCCAAAGAGAUCUCCUUCAUUGAUGCGAAGAAAAAUCUCAAUUUGAACAUAUUCUUAAAGCAGUUCAGAUGUUCCAAUGAAGAAUUUGUGGCCCUGAUUCAAAAUGGGGACCGGUCCAAGUUUGAUGUGGAGGUGCUAAAACAGCUCCAGAAGCUGCUGCCAGAAAAGCAUGAGAUUGAGAAUUUGAAGUCCUACCAGGGGGAGACCGACAAACUGGCUAAUGUGGACCGAUUUUAUCUCCAGCUUCUGGCCGUUCAGUGUUACCAGUUAAGGAUUGAGUGCAUGUUGCUGUGUGAGGAGACUGCCUCUGUGUUGGAUAUGCUAAAUCCCAAAGCUGUGCUGGUUGAGGCGGCCUGUAAUAGUCUUAGAACAAGCACUCUGCUGCCCAAAUUCUGCAAGCUAAUCUUGGAUGUCGGGAAUUUCCUCAAUUAUGGAAGUCACACAGGCAAUGCAGAGGGAUUCAAGAUCUGCUCUCUGCUUAAGCUCACCGAGACCAAAGCCAACAAGUGUAGGAUCACCCUGCUUCACCACAUCCUUGAGGAGGCCGCGCUGAAUCAUCCCGAGCUGCUUAACCUUGCUGAUGAAAUCGAGACUUGUGAGAAAGCAGCAGGAGUGAACCUGGACACCAUUCAAGCAGAGGCAAGUACACUGCUCAAGCGGCUGACAACGACCGCAAAAAAGAUCGCCUCAACCGACGAAGUGAAGGAUCAGUUCCAGGAGGUCAUGAAGGACAAUCUGAGUGCAUGCGAGGCCCUGGAGAAGCGUUUUGCUGAAAUCGACAGGAAGAAGGCCGACCUGGCUCUGUACCUGUGUGAAGACCCAUCCAAGCUCUCUCUGGAAGAGCUCCUCAACAACAUCAAAACCUUCAGGGGCCUUUUCAUCAAGGCCUUAAAGGAGAAUAAGACCUGGAAGGAGCAGGCUGCCAAAGCAGAGAAGCGCAAGAAGCAGCUCGCCGAGGAGGAGUCCAAGAGACAAAAGGGGGAGAAUGGGAAGAUCAUCCGCAGAGGCGUUGUGCCGCAGGAUGAUGGCUGUAUUAUUGACCACCUCCUCGCAGAUAUCCGCAAAGGCUUCCAGUUGAGGAAGACUCGUCCCAGGUGCGAAACAGACAGUGCUUCCUCUAGCGAAACAAAUAGGGAUAACGAGCAGCCUGCUUUAAGUGCAGAAAAAGACGAGGAAGGACCUCCUCAGCAUCCUCUCUGCCCACAGUCUCCACCAGAGGCCUCCGCAGGCACUCCUGGGUCACCCCACAGAAGCGCAGGAAGUCCAGUGGCGUCCUCUGACCCCGCCCCCGCCCCAGAGCCCCUGCAUGAGAGACGCGAGGAGAAGGACCGAGUGACCCAUCCAGGCCUCUCAUCUGACACAUUGACACAGAACAUUCCAGACGCACACACACAACCCAAGGCCCUGCCAGCCACCGUACAUGUGAAUGGAGGUGAUGGAGGAGCUGAACACAAUCAGAAUGGUAACAAUAGCCAAGUCAUUCAUGAGCAAGAUGCCAAGGCCUGGUUACCUCCGCAGGAUCUAGUCCAGAAUGGCAACAGGGAGCGCCCAGGUGAGGAGAAGGAUCAUCACCCCUGUCUUGUUCGACAGGAGGCCAUCCAGAAAUCUGACAGCGUCGUGGAAGAGGGCGCUGCUCUCUCCUGCCCAGCUAUGCAGGACACUCCGCAGGACGGGAACAGCAGUCAGGCUACAGAGGGAGAGAAGGAUCACGCCUUGACGGCACCUCAGCAGGACACACUCCAGAUGGGCAGCAUCAGCAGCCAGGUGGCUGAGGAGGAGCAAGGGAAAGCAGGCAGCACAGCUCCACAGAAGAGCCAUGAUGGAGAUGGAGCUGCUGGCUCAGCCACUGAACCCACAGAAAAGAACUGCCCCCUGGGUACAAGCGUAGAGAGAGACCCUGAGGACCGACCAGACAUGCCCAUCAAGGGCCUUCCUAGCCACGAAGAAAAGGCACAUGCAAGCAACGGGCAGGAAAUAGUCAAUGGAGGUGACGUUGCCGAGAGUAAGGGGGAAAGGGGCUAUGAUGUUCCUGAUGGGCUGGCUGCUGCCCAAGAAGUUGUCCCUUUGCCUCCCUCAGCGCCUCUUGUGCCCUCACCCGCACCCCUCGACCCGGUGCCCACGUCUGCUGCGGCGCCCCCAAACCCCCAGCCUAAAAAACACAAGCUCUUCCGUAGGAACAAAAAAAGUAAUCAAGAAGAAAGAGUCAAAGGGAAAGGACACUCUAAAAAUAAAAAAUCUGCGUGUGUUUUGCAGUGAGGUGCAUCAAAGAGAAAGCGAACUAAAGGGAAGAGGAAAACUUGAGGAUCUACUGCUCCUGGUGUCCAAUUGACUCUCAUCAGAGACUGGCUUCCUGGAUUGUUGGCGCUGUGCUGUUGCUGGCAGUGUGUGUGUGUGUGUGUGUGUGUGUGUAUGUGUGUGUGUAUGAGGGGGGGUUCUUUUUGUAUGUUGAGUGGUAAAUUAAUUAUUUUUUAUAUGUUGGAGUAUAUUUGCUUUAUGUAUUAUGUUAAUGCAAAAUAACAGUAUGGUACAUGGAAUGUGAGGUUUUUCCAGAAAGCCAAAAAUGAAAGUGGAUAAAGUGGCAGAUUUGAGAGUGGUUUGGGAGAGUGGUAUAGAAAAGGUACAUUUGACAUCUUAAAUCUAUUUACAUUUUUAUUUAGAAUUAAAAUAUGGCUUUCACAUUUAUACAGUAUAUUUAUUAACUAUUGGAUGGAAUUGCUCUUUUAAGAGUAUAUUCAGUUAGAAAUAUAAUUAACAAAUGAUAUUUGUAUUCAAAUAAAGCAGAUCUGAGAAA